UGGCUGCUUGGAGAAGUAGGACAGAAACAUUUGUCUGUUUUUGAGGGUGGCCAGGGUUGUUUUUGGAGCUUUGAUUUUUGCAAUGGCAGAAACACUCUGGAAGCCUUUGUGGAUUUUGUUACUAGUACUGAGUUAUGCUGAUGCAGGAAGUGUUUACAGGCAUCAUUGUACAAAAGAUGGUGCUCAGGAUGGGAGCACUGAAAGUACUACUGCUCAGACAAGCUCUGAUUCUGGAUUUGUGCCUAGUCAAGAAGCUUAUUUUGAGGAAACCCAGGACUUCUCAAAAACUCAGGCCUUUGAUAGUAGUUUGACCAAUGCAGGCUCAAGGGCAUUCAGUUUUCAGGGAACUACCUACACCUCAAGCUUUCAGCCACUAACUAGGGAUCUUAAGCCUGCCCUAAGCACCUCCUUCCAACAAGCCUCAGACCAGUCUGUGCAGACAGCAUACCAGCAGGCAGGUUCAGCCCGGCCUGUCCAGAGCAGCUGCCGACGGGUAGCUUCAGCCCGGCCUGUAGCGAGCGGCUACCAACACGUGGCUUCAGUCCGGCCUGUAGCGAGCGGCUACGAACAGGUUGCUUCCGCCCGGCCUGAAGCGAGCAGCUACCAACAGGUUGCUUCCGCCCAGCCUGUAGCGAGCAGCUACCAACGCGUGGCUUCAGCCCAGCCUGUCCCAUCUGCUUCCCAGAGAGUAUCGUCCGCCCAGCCUGUAGCGAGCAGCUACCAACACGUGGCUUUAGCCCAGCCUGUCCCAUCUGCUUCCCAGAGAGUAUCUUCAGCCCAGCCUGUCAAGAGCAGCUACCAACAGGUGGCUUCACCCCAGCCUGUCCCGAGCAGCUACCAUCAGGUGGCUUCAACCCAGCCUCUCCCAUCUGCUUCCCAGAGAGUAUCUUCCGCCCAGCCUGUAGCGAGCAGCUACCAACAGGUGGCUUCCGCCCAGCCUGUAGCGAGCAACUACCAACAGGUGGCUUCCGCCCAGCCUGGGGCGAGCAGCUACCAACACGUGGUUUCAGCCCGGCCUGUCCCAUCUGCUUCCCAGAGAGUAUCUUCAGCUCAACCUGUACAGAGCAGCUAUCAGUCUGGCCUUUCUUCCCCAAGUGUUGGCUUUGGUUCUAGUGCUGUGGGAACCGGAUAAAGUGCUUCGAGUCUGUACAGCUCUCAGGACGUUUCCUCUACUUCAACCUAUAAGCCCUCUGUUGGCGCUCUAGGACUUGCCCAAAGCACGUACCA